CGUUACCAACCUAUUAUCAACGUUAUAUUAGCAGGAAUCUUUAGUUCUACAACUCCACUGAAAGCGUUCGGAUCGUUUUGUUUGAGUGUUUUGCUUCUUUUUUCAUCUGCGUUUUUGUAGAGGCUCUCUUGUGAAUAAUGUCUGGCGUCAAGGAAGUUGGAGGAUACAAGCUGGGCAAGCUGUUGUACGAAGGCAAGACCAAGGAGGUCUACACCGUCAACGGAGUGACCGACCAAUUGCUGCUGCUCAACAAAGAUCGUAUUACGGCGCACAAUGGCGUUCGGUCUCACGAUCUCGAGGGAAAGGCCAAAAUUUCCAACCAGACCAAUGCCAAGGUGUUCACCCUGCUGAACAAUGCCGGCGUGAAAACGGCUUUCGUCAAAACGGCCUCCGAUAAUGCCUUCUUGGCCCGCAACUGCGAGAUGAUUCCGAUCGAGUGGGUAACGCGCCGGCUGGCCACCGGAUCCUAUCUGAAGCGUAAUCCCGGGGUGAAGGAGGGUUACCGCUUUUCGCCUCCGAAGCAGGAAACCUUCUACAAGGACGAUGCCAACGACGAUCCCCAGUGGAGCGAGGAACAGAUUGUGUCGGCCGGGUUCAAGGUCAAUGGCGUGUUGAUUGGACAAGACGAAGUCGACAUCAUGCGUCAGACGUCGAUUCUGGUGUUCGAAAUCCUUGAACGUGCCUGGGCCACUCGCAACUGUGCUCUGAUCGAUAUGAAGAUCGAAUUCGGAGUCGAUACCGAGGGUCAGCUGCUGGUGGCCGAUGUCAUUGAUUCCGACUCCUGGCGUCUGUGGCCAUCGGGAGACAAGCGUUUGAUGGUGGACAAGCAAGUGUACCGUAACCUGGCCUCGGUUACCGCAUCCGAUUUGGACACAGUCAAGCGCAACUUCCUGUGGGUCAGUGAACAGUUGGAUAACAUCCUACCUAAGAACGAUCAUCUGGUAGUGAUCCUAAUGGGAAGCCCUUCGGACAAAGAACACUGUCAAAAAAUUGCCAAGAACUGUCGCGAUCUUGGUCUUAACGUUGAACUUCGGGUUACCUCUGCUCACAAGGGAACAACCACCACUCUCCACAUCGUCCAAGAAUAUGAAAGCGUUCUGAGCAAUUUGGUAUUUAUCACCGUUGCCGGACGUUCUAAUGGAUUGGGACCGGUUCUGUCCGGAAAUACCAACUAUCCGGUUAUCAACUGCCCACCGGUAAAGCCGGAAAAUGUCAACCAGGACGUGUGGUCUAGCUUGAAUGUGCCGUCCGGGUUGGGUUGUGCCACCGUGCUCUAUCCGGAAGCGGCCGCCUUGAACGCCGCUCAAAUUCUCGGAUUGAACAAUUUCCUGAUCUGGUCUAAACUGCGAGUCAAGCAGUUGAACAACUACUCCAGCUUGAUUUACGCCGACAAGGGAUUCCGUGGAGUUCAACGGUCGGACUAGGUCGAUGCAUCACUAUUUUUAAGUUUGAUUAGAUUUUAAAAGAUUUAUGGUACAAAUAUAUCCACACAAUAUUAUUAAGAUAUUCUCAUAAAAA